UACCUUGGACAAGAUCUAGUGGGCAAGGCAGUUUGAUGUCAUGAGAUAAGUUUUUGUUGUUAUCGUAAAUAAUUUAUACGUUUUCUAUGAAAAUUUGGGGCUAAAUAAUAUUUUACCGGUCGUCAGGCAUUCUAAAAUAUAUUUUCUGCAAUCAGAUCUCCUAUUAAUCAGUCGAUUAACUCGAUUCGAAAGCCAUCCGGUCCGGUUCGGUCCAUUUGUUAGGCAACGGCAACGGCGGCGGCGAGUUCAACCACCGACGCUGCGGCGAGCACAAGGCGGUGCAGUUAUCCUUCGCAGUCUCCCCUUCCUCUUCCCUCCCUCCUCUCUCUCUCCGAUCGCUUCUCUUCCUCCUCAGCCGAUGCGUUCGAACAAUUAGGGUUCGCCGAUGACGAAUGCUUUCCGCCGGCUGCUCCUCAAUCACCGCCGCUGGAGACAUCUCCCCUCGCCUCAUCUUUGUCGUCGGCCCGAUUCCUCAGACUGCUCGCUGAUUAGACCCUCAGAUGGCCUCCGGAUCGGGAGUUCACGGCCGUUUCUUCUGAUUCGGCAGUUUUCCACUGGCUUCACGAGUGUCCAUGGGGAGAGGCCGUCGGCGGAGUACGCCAAGCGGCGUAAGGAGUCGUUGGAGACGGAGUUUGGGCACAUCCUCGGAGCCCACCGAUCCGAGUCCUGGUUUUCGUAUCAUCGGUUUGGUCCCUUCUUGGCGCUGUAUAGAGCGGCGAUCAUUUCCUUUUACCUGGCCAAACUGACCGUAUGGCAUUUCUUUGUCCGAGAUAUAAGGAAGCGAGCUGUCAAGUUUAGGGAGGCUCUCAUUAACUUAGGCCCUUUCUAUAUCAAGCUUGGGCAAGCACUUAGCACACGCUCUGAUAUAUUACCCAGUUCUUAUUGUCAAGAGCUUUCCAAGCUACAGGAUCAAAUACCGCCAUAUUCUACUAUUGAUGCAAUCAAGUCUAUUGAAUCUCAGUUGGGACUUCCAAUUAAUCAAACCUUUGCAGAUAUAAGUCCAAAACCAAUUGCAGCAGCAUCCUUGGGCCAAGUUUAUAAAGCUCAUCUACAUUCUGGGGAGCUUGUGGCUGUCAAAGUACAAAGACCUGGCAUGAGUUUCUUUCUGACCCUUGAUGCGCUAUUGUUUCAUAUGAUUGGGGGGCAAUUGAAACGUUUUGCAAAGGCUCGCAAAGAUCUCUUGGUAGCUGUCAAUGAGAUGGUUAGACACAUGUUUGAUGAAAUUGAUUACAUCCUGGAAGCACAAAAUGCGGAAAGAUUUGCUUCCCUCUAUGCAUCAAAAUCCAUCAAAGUUCCUAAGAUCUACUGGAAUUUCACACGGAAGGCUCUGCUUACAAUGGAGUGGAUAGAUGGAAUCAAGCUGACAGAUGCUCAUCGUAUAAACAAAGCUAAUUUGAAUCGGAAACAGUUAAUCGAUCAAGGGCUUUAUUGUUCAUUGCGACAAUUGCUUGAAGAAGGAUACUUUCAUGCUGAUCCUCACCCUGGAAAUCUUGUGGUCACUGAGAGUGGAUCUCUAGCAUAUUUUGAUUUUGGUAUGAUGGGUGAAAUUCCCCGCCACUUCCGUGUAGGACUUAUCCAAGUGCUUGUACACUAUGUCAAUCGUGACUCAUCAGGCUUGGCAAAUGACUUCCUUUCCCUGGGAUUUAUUCCUGAUGGGACAGAUAUUCAGUCAGUUGCAGAUGCAUUGCAUGAAUCAUUUGGCGAGGAAGGAUCUAGGCAUUCAAAUGAUUUUCAGGGGAUAAUGGAUCAAUUAUAUGAUAUCAUGUAUGAGUUCGACUUCUCUUUGCCUCCUGAUUAUGCACUGGUUAUCAGGGCAUUGGGGUCCUUGGAAGGGACUGCUAAAGCAUUGGAUCCAAGUUUUAAAGUCGUCGAAAGUGCAUAUCCUUAUGUGAUAGGGAGACUUCUUGCAGACCCAAACCCUGAUAUGAGGAGAAUACUGAGGGAACUGCUUAUACGAAGCAAUGGCUCUAUUCGCUGGAAUCGGCUGGAGCGUCUGAUAGCAGCUAUCUCUGAACAAUCAUCUGACACAGAAAAUGAAGCCACUUUGUUGCGGAAAGGGUUUGACAUGCAUUCUGUGGUUGCUUCCACAGAGGAUUUGUUCAAUUUUGUGUUGUCAGAAAAAGGUUGGAGAGUUCGGGUUUUUCUGGUUCAAGAUAUUCUCAAAGCUGCAGACACUUUUAUUAAUGAAGCAGGGUUGCCAUGCAUGUUUGACAACCAAAAGACAAUGGAAAGUUCUGCGCUCGAGAAAGACACAUUAGCGACAAGAUUGGUCGAUGGGUUUUGCUCCCUGAGGCGAGCUAUUAGCUUGGCACCAGAAGCAUGGGGUGCCAUGUUUCUACGAACAUUAGCGAAAUCUAACACCCGCAGAUUUCUUCUAGACAUAUUUUCCUCAUUGGCAGUUCAUUUUGGCGACAAGAUACCAGAAACAUUUUUUCUUUGCAUAUCUAAAUUUAUUCAUUGGUUAGAGAAGGAAGAUUGUUGUCAAAGAGAUUCAUAACUUCUAGUUCUACUCAUUCAAUUUUCACCAGAGUACCUUUUUGUGUUCGUAUA